AAUAUGGCCGCUCCCAGCUGGGACGCGAGUGUUUGGGUUAGAGAGGCAGAGUACUCGGGCGGCGGCAGUGGCGAGAGAGGAAGCUUUUGAGGGAUUGUGAGGUUGAGGCUGGACGCUACACAGCUGGAACGGCCUGACCUUCCUGAGGGCGCCAAUGGCAGGCAGCGUGGACGAGGAAGCGCUGCACCAGCUGUACCUGUGGGUAGACAACAUCCCUCUGUCCCGGCCCAAAAGAAAUCUCUCUCGGGACUUCAGUGACGGAGUCCUGGUUGCAGAGGUCAUCAAGUUUUAUUUUCCCAAGAUGGUGGAGAUGCACAAUUAUGUCCCUGCCAACUCUCUCCAGCAGAAGCUGAGCAACUGGGGUCACCUGAACAGGAAGGUGCUGAACAAAUUGAACUUCUCGGUACCAGAGGAUGUGAUGCGUAAGAUCGCCCAGUGCGCCCCGGGUGUGGUGGAGCUGGUGCUCAUUCCUCUGAGGCAGCGCCUGGAGGAGCGGCAGAGGCGAAGGAAGCAGGGCACAGGCUCCUUACAGGAACUGGCUCCCCAGGAUGGCACUGACUACAUGGAUGUGGGUUUGUCCCAGAAGGCCCGAGGGGAAGGUGCCCCAGACCCCCAGGGAGGGGGACAGCUCAGGACAGGCCGGCUGCCUGGGCCCCGGCCAUCACCGGGGUAUAGCCAGACGCUUCAAGGCGACCCAAGCUUCGUCCUCCAGAUCGCUGAAAAGGAGCAGGAGCUGUUGGCUUCACAGGAGACUGUGCAGGUCCUGCAGAUGAAGGUGAGACGCUUGGAGCACUUGCUCCAGCUCAAGAACGUGCGCAUCGAAGACCUUUCCAGGCGGCUCCAGCAGGCGGAGCGUAAGCAGCGGUGAGCCGAGGUCCCGACCUCAUGGGGACAUCCUCAUAUCCACCAAGGCCCAGAUGCCACAACCGACACACCCACGCACCGACGGACAGAUGGUCAGGAAGAGACAGCGGCUCCAGUGAGCCUCUUGGAACACGAGCGCCCCUCUUCCUUGGGGUGUAGGUGAACGUGGGGGGAUGGUGGGACAGGAAUCCUCCAAGUAGAGCCCAGAGACUGAGCCGUCUCCUUCUACUCCAUCUGGGUCAGGUGGAUGGACUGCUUUCCAGAACCUAAAAGCCACAUGCAGAGACCUGCAUGCACCCCAAAGCAUUGCCUAGCAAUGGGGGCUCCACCUUGGUGCUCCCUGUGCUGGGCUUUGGGGGGUGGUCCCCCCACUUGGUCCACACCCAUAGAAUCGAGCCCCUGCCCAACUCUCAGGACAGUGGUGUCUCCAUCCAGGCUAGUCCUCUGUACCCUUGGCCAUGAGGGAAGCUGCCCCAGACCACUGAGGGGCUUCCUUGCCCCUCCUGGGCACUCACCUGGGACCCAACUGAAGGCUGGAGAGUCCAGCAGCUGAAGAGGAAGGGGUGAGGAGCUCAGCCAGGAGUGGGGAAGACAUGGGCUGUGCCUGUUCCAAUUGCCCUCCCCUCCCAUGGGGUAUGUUGUGAAGUUCUGGGGGCUCUGGGUCUGGGUUGCCCCCAUUAAAGAUAUGCUCUCCCUGC